UGGUCGGCUCCACCAAGUCGAAACAUUUGGGGUCCUUUCACUUCACGUGUGCGUCUGCUGCUCCGGCAUCGUGAGAAGUAACCAUGCCGAAGUCAAAGAGAGACAAGAAAAUUUCGUUAACAAAAACCGCCAAGAAAGGACUGGAGUCAAAACAGAAAUUAAUCGAGGAGUUACGGAAAUGUGUGGACACGUACAGAAGCUUGUUCAUAUUCUCUGUGGCCAAUAUGAGGAAUAACAAACUGAAAGAUAUAAGGACAGCGUGGAAACACAGCAGAUUCUUCUUUGGCAAAAAUAAAGUCAUGGUGGUUGCCUUGGGUAAAGGAGAAACAGACGAAUACAAAGAUAAUUUGCACAAGGUCAGCAAGUAUCUGCGAGAGGUGGGAGUACUAUUCACUAAUAAAACAAAGGAUGAAGUACAAGAGUAUUUUGAUCAUUUCAAAGAGAUGGAUUAUGCACGGGCAGGCAACCGUGCACAGGUGGACACAACUCUGGAUGAGGGACCACUUGAACAGUUUCCUCACUCCAUGGAGCCCCAGUUGAGGCAAUUAGGACUUCCUACUGCUCUCAAGAAAGGAGUGGUGACACUGCUGAAGGAACAUGCAGUCUGUAAGGAGGGAGACGUGCUCACUCCUGAGCAGGCUCGUAUUCUGAAACUCUUUAACGUCGAGAUGGCAGAAUUCAAGGUGCAGAUCAAGUGUAUGUGGAACUCAGAAACAGGCGCGUUUGAGAAGAUUUCCGGUGAGGAAGAGCCGAUGCAGGAAAACGAAGAGGAAGAUGACGAAGAUGCAGAAUAAUACAGCUGCAAGGCAAGCUGCAAGUUUUACGAGCCUGCAGAGGUGCAUUAACGUGGAAACCAUUGUGAAACUACGUGGAGUGCCAGCGCUGCCUGGAGUCUGUCAUCUUUCUCUCCUUUGUCCUAUUUUACACCCCAAAACAUGAACUUCUGUAAAUCACCUUGAAUAUAGCUUUGGACUGAGUAGUUGUUCAGUAAACUGGUGACUGGAGUCAUAAGAUCACUUACAUGUAAUCAUGUAAUGAGAAAAUUGGUUUUAUUUGUAAUGUAACAGUUAUUAAGGCAGACUCCAGAAAAGGUUAUUUUCCCCUGAAAAAAAUAUAUUGUACGUUUUCAUUUUUACAUGUGUACAUUAUCAAUGAAGUGCUUUUGACAUUAA